AUGAGCAACGAUUUAUCGAGGAAGAAGGGCAAAAGCUCGACCGAGAAAAAGACGAAAAGAAAAGCAAAGAGAAGAGAGACUUACGCGAUGUACAUCUAUAAAGUUUUGAAACAGGCAGGCGAAGGCAGCACGACGAGCUCGGGUCGCCGCUUGUCCGCAUCUCCAGAAGUGCUAACAGUCGUUUUGCCUGUUCCCCAGGUCCAUCCGGAUACGGGGAUUUCCAGUAGAGCCAUGAGCAUCAUGAACUCCUUCGUGAACGAUCUGUUCGAGAGGAUUGCCACAGAAGCGUCCCGGCUGGCUCAGUACAACAAGCGCUCCACCAUCACCAGCAGGGAGGUGCAAACCGCCGUGAGGCUGCUGCUGCCCGGGGAGCUGGCCAAACACGCCGUGUCCGAGGGGACCAAGGCCGUUACCAAGUACACCAGCUCCAAAUAA